GCGCCCGCCGGGCGCGGAGCCAGGGAGCGUCGCAAGUUUCCAAGCCUCGUGCGGGAACCCGGCGCCGGAGAGCGGGCGAGCCCCGCGUGCAGCGCUCCCGACCAGGCUGGGCGCCGAGAGCAUGGGCAGCGAACGGAGCGCACCCGGACGGCCGUGCUGGGCAGGCAGCCUCCUCGGCGGCCGGGAGGCGGCGGCGCAGCCGCGAGUGCUGCCGCUGCUGCUGCUGCUCCUGGGCUGCCUGGGCCGCAGCGCAGCGGCGGAGGACGCAGAAGUCAAUGCCGAGAACUGGCUACGGCUCUACGGCUACCUGCCCCAGCCCAGCCGCCACAUGUCCACCAUGCGCUCGGCCCAGAUCCUGGCCUCAGCCCUCGCUGAAAUGCAGCGCUUCUAUGGGAUCCCUGUCACCGGUGUGCUCGACGAAGAGACCAAGGCGUGGAUGAAGCGGCCUCGCUGUGGGGUGCCAGAUCAGUUCGGGGUGCACGUGAAAGCCAAUCUGCGGCGGCGGAAGCGCUAUGCUCUCACUGGCAGGAAGUGGAACAACCCCCAUUUGACCUUCAGCAUCCAGAACUACACGGAGAAGCUGGGCUGGUACCACUCGCUGGAGGCGGUGCGCCGGGCCUUCCGUGUGUGGGAGCAGGCCACGCCCCUGGUCUUCCAGGAGGUGCCCUACCAGGACAUCAGGCUGCGGAGGCAGAAGGAGGCUGACAUCAUGGUCCUCUUUGCCUCUGGCUUCCAUGGCGACAGCUCACCCUUUGAUGGCACAGGCGGCUUUCUGGCCCACGCCUAUUUCCCGGGCCCUGGUCUGGGUGGGGACACCCAUUUCGAUGCAGACGAGCCCUGGACCUUCUCCAGCACAGACAUGCAUGGGAACAGCCUCUUCCUGGUGGCAGUGCACGAGCUGGGCCAUGCGCUGGGGCUGGAGCACUCAAGCAACCCCAGCGCCAUCAUGGCGCCCUUCUACCAGUGGAUGGACACAGACAACUUCCAGCUGCCCGAGGACGACCUCCGGGGCAUCCAGCAGCUGUACGGCACCCCAGACGGCCAGCCCCAGCCCACGCAGCCCCUCCCCACUGUGACACCCCGGCGACCAGGCCGGCCAGACCAUCGGCCCCCCAGGCCCCCCCAGUCUCCACCCCCAGGAGGGAAGCCAGAGCGGCCCCCGAAGCCAGGCGCCCCCGUCCAGCCCCGAGCCACGGAGCGGCCUGACCAGUAUGGCCCCAACAUCUGCGACGGGGACUUUGACACAGUGGCCAUGCUGCGCGGGGAGAUGUUCGUGUUCAAGGGCCGCUGGUUCUGGCGGGUCCGGCACAACCGCGUCCUGGACAGCUACCCUAUGCCCAUCGGGCAUUUCUGGCGCGGUCUGCCCAGUGAUAUCAGUGCGGCCUACGAGCGUCAAGACGGGCGUUUCGUCUUUUUUAAAGGCGACCGCUACUGGCUCUUCCGAGAAGCGAACCUGGAGCCUGGCUACCCACAGCCGCUGACCAGCUACGGCCUGGGCAUCCCCUACGACCGCAUCGACACGGCCAUCUGGUGGGAGCCCACAGGGCACACCUUCUUUUUCCAAGAGGACAGGUACUGGCGCUUCAAUGAGGACACGCAGCGUGGAGACCCGGGCUACCCCAAGCCCAUCAGCGUCUGGCAGGGGAUCCCCGUCUCCCCCAGAGGGGCCUUCCUGAGCAACGACGCAGCCUACACCUACUUCUACAAGGGCACCAAAUACUGGAAGUUUGACAACGAGCGCCUGCGCAUGGAGCCUGGCUACCCUAAGUCCAUCCUGCGGGACUUCAUGGGCUGCGAAGAGCCGGGACCCCGGUGGCCCGACGUGGCCCGUCCGCCCUUCAACCCCGAUGGGGGAGCAGAGCCCGGGGCAGGCGGCGACAGCCAGGAGGGCGAUGAGGGCCAUGAGGCUGGCCCGGGUGCCGGGGAGGGGGACUCUGGGACGGGGACAGAUGAGGACGGGGGCAGCCGCGUGGUGGUGCAGAUGGAGGAGGUGACACGGACAGUGAACAUGGUGAUGGUGCUGGUGCCACCGCUGCUGCUGCUCCUGUGCAUCCUGGGCCUCACCUACGCCCUGGUGCAGAUGCAACGCAAGGGCGCGCCCCGCAUGCUCCUGUACUGCAAGCGCUCCCUGCAGGAGUGGGUUUGACCCGCCGCCCUCCUGCUCCUCACGGUGCUAGGGGCCAGGCUGGCGGCGCCUGUGGUUCUGAGACUGCUGCUGGGGCACCCAGCAAGAGCCUCCCGUGGCUCCCUCAGCCCCUGGGUGGGGGCCUCCGGGCCUUUCAACAUCCCUGCCAGCCCUGACCCCAUUGUUUAUUUAUGCCCAGAUUUUUUUUUUUUUUUUUUUUGCACACUAACUGAACAUUGGUUUCUACUUUCCUGACCAGGGGCAGUCCCCCGGGGCAGGAGGUUAGAGGUUUGUAAAUGGGGGUUUUGCUCCAGACAGGGAACUAGUCCCCACCCACCCCGCUCUGUCUUGGCCCCAGCCAGCAGAGGGAACGUCA